AUGUCUGCCUUCGUCCGCCUCGCCGCCCUCCUCGUCUUCGCGCGCGUCGCGCUCGCCGCGCCGUCGGCGACCGACUGCACGGGCACGAUCUCGUCGUUGGACGACGUCGCCGCCGCGGUCAAGUGCACGACCGUGAACAUCAACUCGUUCACCGUGCCCGCUGGGGAGACGUUCAACCUCGACCUCGCGACGGGCACAACCGUGAACAUGCAGGGCGACGUGACCUUCGCCGUCAAGAACUGGGACGGCCCUCUCUUCCAAGUCAGCGGGAAGUCGAUCACAUUUAACGGUAACGGACAUACGUUCGAUGGGAACGGCCCAUCGUACUGGGAUGGCCAGGGUGGCAAUGGCGGUGUCACCAAACCAGCGCCCAUGAUGAAGAUCAAAAUAUCUGGUACCUACACGAACGUGAAGGUUCUCAACUCGCCGGCUCGGGUGUACAGUGUAUCGAACCCCGCUCCGCUUACCAUGUCGCAGCUGACCAUCGACGACUCUGCUGGAGAUGCUCCCAACUCGAAGAGCGACGGGAAGGCAGCGGGCCACAACACCGACGGAUUCGACUGCAGCACCACUGACCUGACCAUCCAGGACAGCACGAUCCACAACCAGGACGACUGCUUGGCCAUCAACAAGGGCAGCAACAUCGUUUUCCAGCGCAACACCUGCACCGGUGGACACGGCAUCUCGGUUGGCUCGAUUGACUCCGACGUCACCGUCUCUGGCAUUGUCAUUAGCGGCAACACCAUCACCAACAACGACCAAGCACUCCGCAUCAAGACCAAGUCUGCUGCAACGUCCUCGACCGUCACCAACAUCACCUACUCCGGGAACACAGGCACCGGUCUCCGCCAGUUCGGUGUCCUCAUUGACCAGAGCUACCCCGACACCCUCGGCACGCCCGGAACCGGCGUCAAGCUCUCCGGCGUGAACUUCGUCGGCGCGACCAACAGCCUCACCGUGAACAGCGACGCCGAGCGCGUCGCCGUCAACUGCGGCUCCGGCUCCUGCACCGGCACCUGGGACUGGUCUGCGCUGAAGGUGACGGGCGGCAAGGCGGGCCCGAUCACGAACUUCUCCGGGAUCAAGAACUUCUCGCAGUGA